AUGAGUACUUCCGGGUCAGACCUUUUUUGUUCCUGCUUCGCUCUUCCCACAGUCCUUCCGGUCUGACCGCCAUCGCAGAUAGCAGAUAUGGCUAUUCGCUACCCUAUGGCUGUUGGCCUUAAUAAAGGCCAUCCAGUCACCAAAAAUGUCACCGCUCCAAAACACAGCCGCAGACGUGGGCGCCUGACCAAACACAGCAAGUUUGUCCGGGACAUGAUCCGUGAGGUGUGUGGGUUCGCUCCGUAUGAGAGGCGAGCCAUGGAGCUGCUGAAGGUGUCAAAGGACAAGAGAGCCCUGAAGUUCAUUAAGAAGAGGAUUGGUACUCACAUCCGUGCCAAGAGAAAGAGAGAAGAGCUGAGCAACGUGCUGGCUGCCAUGAGGAAGGCUGCUGCCAAGAAGGACUAACCUGUCAUUUAAUAAAGUUUGAGAACUACAAAAUC